GGGACGGCGAUGGCCGCGGGCGGCGGGCUGAGCCGCUCGGAGCGCAAGGCGGCGGAGCGGGUGCGGAGGCUGCGGGAGGAGCAGCAGCGGGAGCGCCUCCGCCAGGUGUCGCGCAUCCUUCGCAAGGCGGCGGCCGAGCGCAGCGCCGAGGAGGGCCGGCUGCUGGCCGAGAGCGCGGACCUGGUGACGGAGCUGCAGGGCCGGCGCCGGCGCCGGGAGGGCCUCAAGCGGCGGCUGGAGGAGGUGUGCGACGACCCCGAGGAGCUGCGGAGGAAGGUCCGGGAGCUGGCCGGCGCCGUCCGCAACGCCAAGUUUCUGGUGGUCUACACCGGCGCGGGCAUCAGCACGGCGGCCUCCAUCCCAGAUUACCGCGGUCCUAAUGGAGUGUGGACGCUGCUUCAGAAAGGGAGGCGCGUGAGUGCUGCUGACCUGAGUGAAGCCGAGCCUACCCUCACGCACAUGAGCAUCGCCCGCUUACACGAGCAGAAGCUGGUGCAGCACGUGGUGUCUCAGAACUGCGAUGGGCUGCACCUCCGGAGCGGCCUGCCCCGCACGGCCAUCUCAGAGCUGCACGGGAACAUGUACAUCGAAGUCUGCACCUCCUGCAGCCCCAACAGGGAGUACGUGCGCACGUUCGACGUCACCGAGCGCACCGCCCUCCACCGGCACCAGACCGGCCGCGCCUGCCACAAGUGUGGGACUCCGCUCCGGGACACCAUUGUGCACUUCGGGGAGAGGGGGACGCUGGGGCAGCCUCUGAACUGGGAGGCCGCCACUGAGGCUGCCAGCAAAGCAGACACGAUCCUGUGCUUAGGGUCCAGCCUGAAGGUGCUGAAGAAGUACCCCCGCCUCUGGUGCAUGACCAAGCCCCCCAGCCGGCGGCCCAAGCUCUACAUUGUGAACCUGCAGUGGACCCCGAAGGAUGACUGGGCUGCCCUGAAGCUUCAUGGGAAGUGUGAUGACGUAAUGCAGCUGCUCAUGGAGGAGCUGGGCCUGGAGAUCCCCGGGUACAGCAGGUGGCAGGAUCCCAUUUUCUCCCUGGCGACCCCUCUGCGUGCUGGUGAAGAAGGCAGCCACAGUCGGAAAUCGCUGUGCAGAAGCAGAGAAGAGGCCCCCUCCGGGGAUCGAGGAGCCCCCCACAGCUCAGCUCCUAUUCUGGGGGGCUGGUUUGGCAGGGGCUGUGCUAAACGUGCAAAAAGGAAGAAAGCAACAUAAGCCGGAGGUGAAGGAAGAACAGUUGGCACUUUGCAGGUGGCGGGAACUGACCGGGAGCCACCGUCACCCUGAAGGCCAGGCUGCCCCCGGGGCACUCUUGAGGGUGACCUUUCACGGUGACCUUUGUAGCCAUUGGUCCUUGUGGGAAGGCCCGUGGCACAGCUGCGGUGGCCGCACUCAGGGCUUGACCAGCAAGGACACCUCCCUCCCAUCCGUCCCCAUUCGGAGAGGUGGCAGCCGGACCUCACCCCCCACUCUAGUCUCAGGGCCCCCCUAUUUCUACUAUUUCUUACUAAAGGUGUGAACUUUAUAGAAGCGUAUUUCUGUGUGGCGUAUGCGGCCAAGGGGCGGUUCCGAGCCUUUAAUAAACACCUCUGCACUGUC